UUUAACUUCAACCUCGACCUCAAUCAACCUUUUGCGACCUUCUUCAUCACAUACAUAUUUUAGGUGUCAUAAUUGUGAUCAACACAUCCUAACUAUCCUUUACAACAUUGAGCUCUGAAUUACCAAGUCCGCAAUCGAGCAGGUCACCUUCAUCAUAGUAGCGACUUGUCCCACGGCUGUAACUUGCAAGGGGCGCUCUUUCGCCUUUCGUUCAGGAGAUGUCUUCAGAAUUUUUCAGAAUUGAUGAGCACGUUAUAGAUGCUUCUCACAUUCGUGGUUUUCCCAGGUCUACCUCAACUACCCAGGAAGAAGUCCUCCAACUCGCCGUAAAACAGUACACACCUCUGUUGAACACGAAUCCCAAACCUGGAGAUGUCACGAUAAUCGCAGCUCAUGCCAAUGGAUUUCCAAAGGAACUAUAUGAGCCACUCUGGGAUGAGUUACUGAAAAAACUGAACAAGUCUGGAAUAUCGAUCAGAGGGAUAUGGAUCGCAGAUGUUGUCCACCAAGGAUUCAGUGGCGUUCUCAAUGAGGAGAAACUUGGAAACGAUCCGGCCUGGCUCGAUCAUAGCCGAGACUUGCUUCACAUGGUGAAUACUUUCCGCAAAGAGAUGCCGCGCCCUAUCAUUGGUGUAGGGCACAGCAUGGGCGGCUGCCAGCUUGCAAAUCUCGCAUUGCUACAUCCACGGCUUUUUGAGUCUUUAAUUCUCGUAGACCCUGUCAUUCAACGCAUGGUAUCUGUGAGUGGUAAUGUUUCACCAGCAUUCUCUUCCGCGCAGCGCAGAGACAGGUGGCCUUCCCGUGAGGAGGCCAGGAAAGCUAUGAUGAGGAACAAAUUUUAUCAGGCCUGGGAUUCUCGUGUGCUCGACCGAUGGAUAGAUUUCGGAUUGAGAGACCUGCCUACUCGGCUUUACCCCGAAUCAUCUUCGACACCGGGCCCGGUCCCUGCAGCAGUGUCUGGAGAACCCACGGUCACUCCAAAUCCACCCAAACCCAAAGAGGUCACGUUAACGACUACCAAACAUCAAGAGGUUAUGACUUUCCUUAGGCCAAACUUCGUUUUUCGCAAUGGCGACAAAGAACCGUCAUCUUCUGAGUACACCCUGGACAACCCUCAAAUCAAUCGCCGCACUCACCCAGACCUUACUCCAGGCUCUAUUCCACAAAGUCCCUUCUACCGUGGAGAGUCCAUGCUGGUUUUUGCACAAUUGCCCCACCUGCGCCCAUCCGUGCUGUACAUAUUCGGAGAACUGUCCUUCCUCUCGGACGAUUCAAAUAUCGAAGACAAGAUGUCUCAGACAGGCAUCGGCGCGGGGGGCAGUGGCGGCGCCAAAGAAGGCCGCGUGGACCAGGUCAUGGUAAAGGGUGCAGGUCAUCUGAUCCCUAUGGAGAAGGUUGAAGAGAGUGCUGAGCACACAGGCACAUGGAUUAAGAAGGAGCUGUUGAGGUGGAGAGCUCAUGAGCAGAUGACUCAAGAAGAUUGGGCAGGGAAGAAGGGCAUAGAACGAUCUAUUAUGACACAGAGAUUCCAAGAUGAAUUGAAAGAUACAAUGAAAGGCAACAAGAUGCCGCAGAAGAAGGAGCCAAGUGCGAAGCUUUGAAUAUUCGCGAGGCAUUGCAUUAGAUUCAUCAUAGUCUCAAAUAUUUAUUGUCGGAAUACGAUAGAUUACCUCUUUCGUUGUUCAUACAUUAUAC